AUGGUGACAGGGAUGCUUGGGGAUUUUUGGGUGGCAGCAAGGAUUGUAUUCAUUGAUGACCCAGAGUGGUACUAUGCUUCGUGUAGAACAAAGGGUUGCAACAAAAAACUGAAACUCAAAGGGAAGUGGCUAUGGUGUAGUACAUGUGACAGGAAUUGGGGUGACGGGACACUCAGGUACAGAAUUAAGGUGAGGGUUGUGGACUUGGAUGGCAAUGCUCCUUUUCUUCUAUGGGACAGGGAGUGCAUCGAUCUACUUGGAAUUAGCGCAGAUGAUCUGAAGGAUACCCAUACUAAGUUCCAGAAUUAUCUCAAUGCUUUCCAUGUUAUGAGGAUCAACACUGAUGAAAAGAUUGUAGAGAAGCAUGCACCCGAACUAAUAGGAGUUAGGGACAGGGAUCUCAGUUCAAAGUUGGAGUUGGAGCUUACAGAUGAGGACCUAUGGGAUCUAGAGGAAGCAGACCAAGCAAAUGAAGCUGAAAGUCCACUUCAAGUUGUUGCACAGAGACUGGAUGCAGAGAAUAGUAUUGAGAAUGGAACAGUCAAGAGAUCACUAAUCGAUGAAUUUUCAAGCACCCAAAGUCCUGUUAUGGGUACUGGAUUUGUUAUAGUCCCUUUGCAGAUUUUUUUUUGCAGUGAGUGGUGCCACAAUGAAGGAAAAAGUUUGCAGAUAUAUGGUGAAAUAUCUCAAGAGAUGGCUGACAUGGCAGAACAGAAUGAAGAAUAUGGCAUAGAUAUCUCUAAAUCAGUUGAAGAUGAAGAUAACAUCUAG